UAGGCUAAUACCCCACAGUGCACCUUUGGCGUAGAAGGAGUGCGUUCAGCGGAAACCCCCAUGAGUAAGGAAAUCCAACAUGGCGGCUUCUUUUAGAAAGGUGCGCUACGGCUGUUUUUUUCGCCAUUUCAACGAUUCUGGACGACGUUUAUGGCACGGAUUUGUCGCAAGAAACACGCUGAGAACUAGUGCCUUCCAUUCAUAUUCCAAAUCUUUACCACUCAUGGCGAAAAAGUGGAAUGAUUCGGGACCAACUCGUGGUUUGGCUAAACCUCGACCACUCGCUCAUUCAUUUCGUGGGGAUAGAAUAGGUUCAACGUCACAUUCUAAGGACAGUAGGUAUAGAAGAGAAGAGACAGAGCUCGAUUCCGACACAGAGACAGAAAGUGAGGACGAAGAAGACUUGAGCGGUAAAUCUUGGAAAUCAAAAAAGGGAUCUGGGAAGUCUAGGAAGUUCAAAAGUCAGAAAUCUGUUGGAAAUGUCACUUUGAGUCCUUCCAGAUAUCUGUUUAAAGACUUUCUACCGGGGCACGGGGAAGUAAAGCGAUGGGAACGAAGGUAUGCUUCAGAGCACAGAAAAGGAAAAGUGAAUUGGUAUGCGAGGCAAAUGCUACGCCUUACUCAAGAGGGCAAGAUUGAUGAAGCCCUUAAUCUCUUAGCAUCUAUGAAAGCAAACAAACUUCAUCCUCCUGUAGAGGUUUACAACAUCUUCAUUUCUGCAUAUGCCAAGAGAGGUCAAGUCAGGAAAGCUUUUAAGAUUUUCAAUGACGUGAAGAAGAGAGGCCUGACACCUACAGCUCACACCUUCUCCAGCUUGUUCAGUGCUUGUACGAAGGCGUCAACUCCACAGCAUGCUUUACGCCAUGUAGAAAAGCUUCUGGCUGAAAUCAGAAAAAGGACUGCAAACCAGGACUUAGAAAUGAAUGUCAUCACUUAUAAUGCCGCUAUCCAGGCUUUAGUUAUUUGUGGUGACCCCCUCCAUGCAUUUGACAUCUACCAAGAAAUGCAGGACAACAAUGUUGAACCAGAUGGCCACACCUUUUCGUCAUUAUUGGCUGCCUGCUCGUUUGAUAAAGUUGAAGGACCUAGCACAGCUUUUAAACUUCUUGAAGAAAUGAAAUCUCUUCAGAUACAACCAGAUAUUUAUAUUUUCAACUCAGUGUUAAAGGUGAUGAGAGAUUUUAAAGUUUCUACUGAGGAGAAAAGGUCACAAUUGUUUAAGUCUAUGCCAAGUGCUGAUGUUACAGAAGAAAGUUCAUGUGUGCAUGAUCCAAUGUAUCCUCUUGAUGAAGAAACAUCAGAAGGUGAAAGUAGCGAACUGCAUUCUGAAGAAAGUGUUUUACAAGAAGGGCACAACAAUGACAAUGAUUUACAGUUGCACCAUUACUUUCCCGGUGUAGAAGAGUUUGUUCAGAUGAUGGCUGUUGAAAAUGUGUCUCCUGAUGUACGGACCUUUCACCUGCUUCUUUACAUGACGUCAUCAAAAGAAGAAGAAGAUUACUUGAUGGAGCUGAUGAAAAGCUGUAACAUCUCUCCUGAUGCUACUUUCUAUAACACUCUUAUCAAGAAGAAAGCAGCAAAGGAGGGUGUAGAGGAGGCAAAGGUUUACAUGCAGGAAUUGAAAGAAACAUUGAAGAUUUCCCCAUCUGAAAAAUCGUACCAUGCCUUGGCACAUGUCUGCAAACGCCAAAAGCAAGGACUUGCUCUGCUUGAUGAAAUGAAGUCUGAGGGAAUUGCUGCAGACCAAUCUGUGUAUGGAAUACUGAUUUCUGGAGCAGCUAAAGACAGACAGUUUUCUUACCUCAUCCAGUUGAUCAAGAGGACGACAGAUGAUGAUGUCCAGCCUAAUCAAAGGAUGAUGGAAGUGCUUGAGCGGGCUUACAGUUUACCCUGUAACAAACCUGUUCUUGCGAGAACGAUGGAUGACCAUUUGGUGAAACUGAAGAAAUUCCGGUUUGUAGAACAGCGAGGGUUCCAAACCUUCUUUGAAAACUGGAAAGCGAAAAUACUGGUAAGAGAGACUGCGAUGAGAGAGACUGGAAAGAGUCCCCACAUUGAACAGUAUGAUAAAGACACUGUUGAGGAGACAAGAGAUGACGUCAGUGAUGACGAAACUAGCGAUGAUGACGAAGACUCUAAAUUUAGCCAUCUCUGAAGCGUAGGUUUUUUUGAAACAAGAGAGUUUUCGUCACGAAGACAACAUAAUAACGUAUGUUAUUAUAUGGCCAGCUCCGUGAGCGGGCAAGAUGAAUCAAA